AUGGCCAGUAAAACACUUGCAGUUAUCGCUGGCGUCGGUCCAGGCACUGGCGCAUCUAUCGCUAGACGCUUCGCAAAAAUAUACCCCGUUGUCGUGCUUGCUCGCAGCCCUGAAAGCUACGAUGCAGUUGUAAAGGAAAUCACCUCCAACGGCGGGGAAGCAGUGGGUAUCAGCACUGAUGUCAGCGACAGCAAAAGUGUCAACAGUGCAUUCGAUCAAAUUGAGAAGAAGUAUCCUGGCUCCGUAUUAGCAGCAGCAGUUUUCAAUCCUGGUGGUGGCUUUGUCAAGAAGCCUUUCCUUGAACUGACGGAAGAUGACUUCGCGGCUGGAUUGAAUGGCCAAGCAAAGGGUGGCUUUAACUUUGCUCAGCGAGCACUGCCUCUUCUCCUCAAGGGCAAGGAGUCAUCUACGCACCCUCCCACCUUGAUCUUCACCGGCGCUACAGCUAGUAUUAAGGGAUCACCUCAGUUUGCGUCUUUCGCAGCUGCGAAGUUUGCUCUUAGAGCUCUUUCACAAUCGCUAGCUCGGGAGUUCGGUCCCCAGGGUGUUCACGUAUCGCAUACUAUUAUUGAUGGAAUUAUCGAUAUCCCUCGCACAAAGGCGUGGGGCUCUGGCGUUGAAGAUUCCAAGCUGAGCCCUGACGCUAUUGCGGAUUCGUACUGGUAUCUGCAUACUCAGCCGCGUACUACUUUUGCGUUUGAGUUGGAUCUGAGGCCCUACGUUGAGAAGUGGUGA